AUGGACCUUGAUUACAUGCAUUACAUGGUCACAGGAAGGAGAAAAGGAAUCGAGAACCCAUGGGCUGCAAGCCCUACAUAUCAGAAGCUACUGACUGAGACCUUCAACAUGAACCGAGCACGGAUCUUCACAUUCAAGAACAAACUGCCAACCCCAGUUGAAGCCAUUCCAAGGAGAUUGCUCUCACCCCCUCUUCGUAAGGCCAAAUCUACCAAGCCCUGUCGAAGAAUUCCUAAGGAUCCAGAGAGAACAUUGGACGUUCCCGGUAUUGUAGAUAAUUUCUACUUGAAUUUACUAGACUGGAUCAGCAGCAACAUUCUUGCAAUUGCUCUUGGAAACUCAGUGUACCUACGGAAUCCUUCGCACCGUUCCAUCGUAGAACUUGUCACAAUUGAUGACGAAGAUGGUCCCAUUACAAGCAUCAGCUGGGCUCUUGAUGGGCAGCAUAUUGCCGUUGGCUUGAACAAUUCCUGGGUCCAGUUAUGGGAUUCUGUUAGAUUGAAAGGAACAUUGAGAGGUGGUCACCAUGGAAGAGUAGGUUCACUGGCCUGGAACAAACACAUUCUUACUACAGGAGGAAUGGAUGGUAGAAUUAUCAACAAUGCUGUAAGAGUGAGAUCCCACAUUGUUGGAACCUAA